CGUGCUCUCGUUUUAUCCGCGUUCUCCGACACUUCUCGCACCUGAAACGAAAAAGAGUGCACGUUAGAGGCGCAAGAGAGCGAGAGGGACAGAAUCGGUGAUGAAGUUCAGUGCGCGAGCGCGGCGGGCGCGGGUGAUGUGCCUGUUCAACAGGUUCGUUAGACAUGCCCGGUUGUGUGGCCGCGUGGUGCACGAAUUCCUCCAGCAAGGGAUUCAAGAUGUGUAACUUCCCGCGAAACAAGGAGAGACGAGACGCUUGGGUGAAGAAUAUGAAUCGGCAGAACUGGUCGCCAACGCCGCAUUCGGCUUUAUGCGAAGUACACUUUGCAUCAGAUAUGUGGGAGAAGAUACGGAUAGAUGGUAAGAAAAAGUUAAAGGCUAACGCUGUACCCACAAUUUUUGUCACAAAAUGUAUGUACCUUGUACUGACUGGCACAAAUGAGUCUUCAGUGAAGAAAAAAAAUAUCCUAGACUCAGUGUCUAUAUUGAGAAGAAAAUCAAGAUGUCCCACAAAGAAAGACAAUGGAUUGCAAAAGGAAUGUGAUAGACAAUUGCAUAGAAAUCAAGUAACAAAUAAUGAAGAAGCUAACAACAAUAAUGAAUCAGAAAAUGCUUACGGAAACAACAAGGAGAAAUUGGAAAAAUCGGAGUGUAUAUCACAAGAUUCGGAUAUCUACCUGAUGCUAUGAACAAUGGAUUUUAAUGCAAUUGUUGGAAGAAGAAUAGAACUCUCAAAUAAAAGGAAGCUGUUGUGAGAAGCAACAAAGGUGCAGCAUAAACUGAAGAAACUGAAGGUACUACAGCUAUACACAGCUGGAGAGGUUGUACCGGAAGUACUACAACCAUGCACUGUGUGCAGUUACGUAUAGCUGAAGAAAAAAAAAACUGUAGAAAAUCAUCACCUUUAAAUGAUGCAUUGUAUGUGAAAGUGUUUAUGAACUAUUUAAAGUGAAAACCAAAAUAUUAGAAUAGAAUAUUAAGUGACAAAAUAUAGGAAAGUUCCAUUGUGUUGUAA